UUUUUUUUUUUUUUUCUAUGUGACUUUUCAAAUUUCAAAUGUGUGAACAAUCAUCAAUUUUGAUUUUUUUUUUUUUUUUUUGGCAAUGUUUUUGUUUCGAUGCAAGUUUUGUCAAUGAAAUGCGGCUUGCAAGUAAAUAGAUUGAUCAGUUGUACUUUUUCAGGUGUAUGCUUCAGAAGUUUGUCGUAAAGAAUAUCAAUAUAUGGGAAUGUCAAUGGUUAACACUUCAUGGGGAAUUGGAUUAGUCAUUGGUCCAUCUCUUGGAGGUUUUCUUGCACAGCCUGCAGAGAAGUUUCCAACCUCAUUUUCAAAAGAAUCUCUUUUCGGGAGGUUUCCUUACUUGUUACCUUGUCUUUUGGUAUCAAUCUUGGCAUUGGCUGCAACUGCUGUUUGCUUUUGGGUCCCGGAAACACUUCACUUUCAUACUAGAAGUGAUGAAGAGAGUGAGGAUUCAUGUAAUGCACCGGUGGCCAGCACUUAUGCAGUUGAUAUGAGAGGAAGUUUGCAAACAUAUGAGGAAAAAAGUCGAGAUUCCCAACAAAGGCUUCUUAAAAAUUGGCCCUUAAUGUCAUCUAUUAUUACAUAUUGUGUUCUCCACCUUCAUGACAUGGCCUAUACUGAGAUUUUUUCAUUAUGGGCUAUUAGUCCUAGGAGGCAUGGAGGAUUGAGCUACUCAGGUGCAGAGGUUGGUGAAGUUCUUGCAAUUUCAGGAUUUGGUCUGCUCGUCUUUCAGCUACUUUUAUAUCCCAUGGUGGAGAGGACUUUUGGACCAGUAAUUGUAUCUCGAAUUGGAGCCGAUUGUGGAUUCCUCCAUCUGACACAUUUUUCGUUGCAUAUUGUUAUAUAUGCAUAUAUAUAUAUUUUUUGUUGGUAAAUUGUAUAUUGUUAUAUGCUUUUGCAUUUAAAUUGAUGAUUACUUGGUUUCAUGCAAAGGUCUUGACCAUCCCAUUGCUGUCAAGUUACCCUUUCAUAGCUAUGCUAUCUGGCCUCACCCUCGCACUAUUGAUUAACUGUGCAUCUCUCCUGAAGAACUUGCUCUCUGUAAGUGCAUGCCCAAACUGUGAAGUUCUUCUUUCUUCAUCUGUAAUGGGAAUGGUUAUCGUAGACUUUUAGCUCUGUUACAGUUUAAACAGAUUGUCAAGGAAUCAGAUCAAAUAAAUUAACGCAUGCUUCCACUAUUAAGUGCAUCAGCACACAUACUUUAGAUGCAUGUAUCGAUGUAUUCCUUAAGUAUCAAGCUUGUAUGAGGUGAGCCACAAAUGCAUUUUGUACUCUAAUAAACUUAUAUUUAAUUGAUUCUACAUUAACAGGCAACUAUCACUACAGGGUUGAUUUUCCUAGAAAACAGGGCUGUGGUAAUUUUUCUGUAACCUUUGCUGCAUAAUCAGAUUUUUCUGUUCUUUAUAACAUUUUGAAGUUAGUAACUGUCUUCAAAUGCUCGUCUAAAAUCAAUUGAAGACCCAAGAGAAAAGAGGAGCUGCAAAUGGCAUAUCGAUGACUUCCAUGUCUUUAUUCAAAGCAGUUGGUCCAGCUGCUGGAGGUUCAGUUUACAUUUUCUUGGGCACAAAAGCGUCAAAAUGAAUCUUUUCUUCUUGGUGAUCAUAUGGUUUUCUUCAUCCUCAAUGUUAUUGAGGCUCUUGGACUACUGAUGACCUUCAAACCUUUUCUAGCUCUACCUGAUGACAACGUUCAGUAGCUCAGUUGUAGAAGCUUCAGAGAUUCUCUUUUACUUUUGAACACAUACAACAAAUGUGUUGGGAUUUAUGCUCUGAAGGCGUUGUAAAAAUUGACAUUUUGUUGGAUUUAUUUAUACAAAGGGAAAAAUUUCAUAGGUCCUCAAAUUUGACAAAAUAUUAUCCAUCCCCUUAAAGUUUUCAAAUUCAUCAUCUAUCACCUAAACUGUUAACUCCCUCCGUUUAAUUUGACGGUAGAGGAUCAAUUUGUUAAAUUUAUAUAUAUUUGACAUAAAAAAAAUUGUACUUUUUGGUUGCAUUCAUUUUUUAAAUUGCUUUGCAUUUUUUACUGAAUAUUUUAUAUAUGAUGCUUCAUUUUGUGUUCAUAAUUAAUAAUAUAAAUAUAAAUAUCAAAAUUGUCAAAGUUUGUUGAGUUUAUAAAGCCCUAUAUAAGCAGUGGGACCUUUCACAGAGACCAAGGCCAGAACCUCCACCAGCCGACGUGUAUACUCGAUUGACUCUUUCAUACAGCAUGCAGAGUGGUUGCUUCAGCUCCAGCUUCUAAAGCCAACCAAUAAAUUGGGGGUGGGUGAUGAAUUUGAAAACCUUGGGGGGUAAGUGAAGUUUUAUCAAAUCUCUGGGGUCCAUGAAAUUUUUUUUUUUAUAAAAAUAUUGUUCGUGCAUUUUAUAAAUUAUGGUAGCAAUUCAUGAGUUCCAUUUCUAAAUGGUGUGUAAUUUUAUGCGGUAUAGGUAUCUUAUUCAGCGAAUUUGUUUAUGUCGACUGGGACCUUAAAAAAAAAUAAAAAAAAAUAAAAUUAAAAUUC